UAGUCUUUUUCGUCGUGUCGUUUAAUCGGCAGGCCUGGAGUGAGGUCUUUUUCUUCAAGUCGUGCACCCCGCUCUCCGCCUCUUCGCAGGGAAGCAAGGCAGCUAUGGUGGCAGCUAUGGCAAUGGAGAUGGCGGGUCUUGGGACAACGUGUUUGUCUUGGAGCUCGUCGAUCUCGAGGGACGUUAGCGAAGCGCCGGCUGCAACGUGGAAGGCCUCAUCAUCGUCCUCCACGUGGCAUUGCUUCGUCCCACCCACAUCAAGAGGCUCUGGAGGCUCGGAUAGAUAUCUUCCAGCAAGCAAUCGUCUCAGCACGCCACGUGGCGUCCCCUCGUCAAGAGCGCCGCCACGUGGGGGUUCUAUCCGCCAUUCUCUUGAUGGGGCGGCGCCACGUGGCGUGCUGAGACGAUUGCUUGCUUCCCCACCUCCAGGACACGUGGAGGAGUUUCCUAAAGGGGAAGGGGGGCAAUUGCUUGAUUCGGGACGGCGAUGGCUGGGACGUCGUCUGCACGCACGUGCGUCGACGGCUCCGGCGACCGCACCGGUCGCAGAGGGAGUCGCCGAGCAAUCUGACACGUGGCGCAAUCCCAUUGGCUUGCAUGCCAUGGUCUGGGUGGGCGGCUGGAGUGAGGCCGAAGUGCGGCGCGCUGUGGAAGGCUCUGCCAAGCUGGGUUAUGACUCUGUGAUGGAGGAAGAAGAGGAGGAGGAGGAGGAGGAGAAGGAGGAGGAGGAGGAGGAGGAGGAGGAGGAGGAGGAGAAGGAGAAGGGGGACCAGGCUGUGGAGGAGGAGGAAUGGGCCGUGGCGAUGGAGGACGAUGAGGAGGAGGAAAAAGAAGAAGAUCAGUAGGGGCAGGAGGAGGAGGAGGAGGUCGAGGUGGAGGAGGAUGUCGUUUUUUUUUUCACCGCAAUCUGAGGAGGAGAGUGGCGAGAUAAACAGAAACUUCAAAAAAACGAAAUAGAGACUUGGAGAGCAUAUUUUUUACACUUCCAUCUUUAGUUUUUCUUUUUCUACUUAUAAAAAAUGGUGCAACAAUUUAUGGCCAUAUGCCUUCAGGACUUCGCGUCCUACUCCGCAGUCUCACAGAAGAAAGCAGGUAUUACAAGCUGUUUGCAUAGACUCUACCAAAUGACCUCGGAGGUCGAACUGACGGGACUGGGACUUCUUACACUGAAACGACUCCUGCGACUGCAAGGAUACCGAAGUAUGUACUUCGACGAAUGCCUGAAAAAAUUCAUCCGGAAAAGGGCGCCGUCCUGGGAUAAAUGGGGCAAGAAGUU